AUGGCGACGGUGACCACCGGCCUCGUGGCCGCGGCGUCGCUCCUCCUGCUGCUCGCGGGAGGCGCGUCGGCGGCGACGCUGGCGCUGUACAACAAGUGCGGCGAGACGUUCGGCGGCCCGCAGCAGUGCAAGCCGACGACCUACUCGCGGCUGUUCAAGCGGGCGUGCCCCAAGGCCUACUCCUACGCGUAUGAUGACAAGACCUCCAUCCUCACCUGCGCCGCCGGCACCUCCUACGUCGUCACCUUCUGCCCCCACCGCCGCUAG